AAACCGUCAUGCGGGUUAGAUCGUUCUGCCAUCACACUAAACACUUAUCAGAUUAUAUUUAUCUGGUUCCCCAAUCAGCGACACCCUUCUCGUUUCAAACAGGGAUAUCACCGAGACCCUAGUCGUUUAAAACAAGGAUAUCUAUAAUAGUUACGUGGUGUUAAAGGAUUUAGUUUCAACACGGACAUUAUUCAGCCAGGGUUUGUGGUAAUACUAUAAACAGGUGGAACUCCAGUCUGAUUUAAAGUUGGUUUAGAUGUCAGCCUAGAAUUAACUGUCUACAGGGAUAUCCAACCAUGGAGCUAGCGUUACUACUGGUCGUACUGGUGGCUGUUGCUAUAUUUACUACACUGUUAUUGACCGGUUAUUACAUUUUAAAUAAAUGCUGUAAACGAAGACGGAGGAGGCCCUGUGUUGUUGAUAAAAGACGAGACUCUAGGCAUAGCUUUGCAGUAGAUCCACACCUACACGACAAUGGCCACUGUUUCCGAGACUACGAGAACGAAAUGGAAAACGGCAACCAGUUUCCGCAGGAAUCAACCCUACACAAAAACAACGAUUGUUUUCAAGAAGAUGUGGAAAUAUCCGAUAGUAGAUCGGACACGGUUUUUAUAGAACCAGAAACGUUUAACGACGUGAAUGUACCGCUAAGAUCACAAUCUCGUGUCGUAGACGAUGUCACGUCUCGGAAUGGUUCAAGCCCUACAGAAGAACGUUAUCCAAGAUUGAGCAAUAUUCAAAGAUUGAUAGAUUAUAGAUUGAACAGACAGUCAUCUCAGUGUUCACUAUCAGAAAGUCAACAAGACUUGUUGAAAGCUGUGUCUACAAAUAUUCAAACUAUAAUCUCAAAAGGCUAUCUGAUUGGAUAUAAACCACAUGAUGAAAUCAAGCAAUAUAUUGAAAACAGUUCGACAGAUUUUAACGUUAUAGAUGAAGUCACAGAAAGUUAUAAAGUAAUGGAUAAGUCUACUAACAGCACCAAAUCACGUCUGAGUGAACCUUUUCCUAACUGUCUAAAUCUUGAAGAAGAUUCUUUUUCUCGUCGCAUUAAAGAUUCCAACAUGUCUACGCCAAAAGAACUACAGAGCAAUGGGGACAAUGCGACUCUAUCGUUAACCGAAUAUCCGACUCUCCCGUUAACCGAUUAUCCAACUCUCCCGUUAAACGACUAUCCGACUCCCCCGUCAACCGAUUAUCCAACUCUCCCGUUAUCACGUUAUCCGGUUAAUCGCCAAUCGCUUUGUAGUGUUGGAUUGUCGCUUGGUAUAGAAGAUAGCGGACUGUUCAGUAAUGCGAGCAUAGAUGACAUAUUUCACCAGCAGGUGUCGUAUGAUCAUAUCCGGGGAGAAAAUAUAACUGAGACUUUUUAUCAAACCGUUGAUGGUUAUCAGCUUGAUGAAUCCGGCUCCGAACAUAUUUACCAGUCUAUUAACAGUUUAUGGACGGAUGUGCUGGCUAGAAGACAAAAUAGUUCACAGACAUUCAAUGAACCGGUUGGUCUGCGUCAAUCUGGGGACACCGACGAUGUGCCUUACUAUUUACAACCGCUUAACACACUUGAAAGACAAGGUUGUCAAGAAACAGGUACGAGUGGGGAUAAUCCAGUUGUCGACAGAAGUUAUGAUUAUCCAGUUGUCAACAGAAGUUAUGAUUAUCCAGUUGUCAACAGAAGUUUGAAUUAUUCUGACUCGGAGGAUGGUUAUCAACCAAUCGAUGAUAGACUUGAUUGUCCAGACAAGGAAAGAGAUGUCGAAAAUAGAUAUCAUCCAGGUGUAUGUAAGCACCUGGAAACGGGUGAGUCAAAAAAUAGUUUUAAACCAACAGACAGUUGUGAACGGAAUUCCAAUUCCGAUGAUAGUUAUGAACCGAUUGACUUAGGACCGGAUUGUCCAAACAAAGUGUCUCAAAAUAGUGAUCAACACGCCAGCAUUUAUAGACGUGAUUGUUCGGUGACAGAGAGUGUCUCGAGGGCCAUUGAUCAGUUGAUUGACGCUGUGAGCACAGAUGAUGCUUCAGAAGCAGGUCAUCCAGGAGCAGAUGGUGACGAACCAGAUGAUACAGAAGAUGAGAAUUAUUAUAACGGUUUCGAUUCUAGUGAUCCUUUAAUUGGUGAGCGGAGAGUUUGUCGUUUUUAUCCAGUGAGGAAGGUUUACACCAUCUCUCCACGAAGAAAUUAUAAUUUCCACCCCAAUGGCGACUGCGGUUCCGUUUUAAUCGACUUUUCACAGCUUUAAACUAAACGCUGUUAUACGGUAUUUCAUUUUGUGCUUUAUUAUGUAAUUUGUAUUUUCAACCAUGACGCACGUGUAAGAGUUGAUCUGCUGCGGUUGUGUUGUGGUUGUAUAAAAUCUGAUUACAAUUUGAAGCUUUGUUCAGAUUACGUGAAAUUAUCAGCCAAUUAGACGCUAGGUUUAGAUCACGUGAACUUAUAAGCCAAUGGGCGUCCUAGCUAGAGGUAAAGGGGCAUAAUUUAUAGGUGAGGCGGUCCCACGUGACCUUAUUGUUUACCUUACAACAUUGUUUUCCAGUACAUUCAUUACGAACUGGUGUGUUGACAAACGUUAGUUUUGGUCGUUAAUAUUGAAUUUAAUCCCGAUACGGGUUUCUUACCAUCGAUAAGGUCAAGUGGAACCGAGUUUUUACUAGCGACGCCUGGUGGGAAUUCCUUCAGCGAGGACGCCAAUUAGACGAUAUGUCCCAUCUGUAUUGGCAUAUACCGAUGUUGCGUUGUGGAUAGGUUUGUAAUGUUUUCUCAGUGAAUAGAUCUCCAUAUUGGUUUUAUCAGCAACAAAUAUAAGAUUAUAUUAGUGUAUACGAUUAGACAUGAAUAUUGUAGUGUCACAAUUUAUAAAUCUGGUUAAACUACAGAUCUAGAUUUCGUUUCAUUUUUUUAUGCUUUCGAAAUUUUGAAUUAAAAAACGAAACGAAAUAGGAUGUGUUUCUAAUUAAGAAUGAUGAUGUCUCCAAGAAUUAUGUUUAUCAACUUCAAUGAUUGUAUUUAAAAAAAGUCCACAGUCGGUAUCACGGUAGUAACGUACUUGUACUGUAACGUCCUUGUACAUGAGAGUAAUGUACUUGUACUGUAACAUACUUGUAACGUGAUUGUACGUGACUGUGACGUACUUGUACUGUAACAUACUUGUAACGUACUUGUAACGUACAUGUACUUGUACUGUAACGUGAUUGUAACCUACAUGAUUUUAGUCAGUCGUAUUUUUUGUAUUGGUAGAAAAUUAAUUUAUAAUUGCGGUAAUUGACGUCAUUUAAUUGACCCUAAUACUUCGUCACUGCCAACAUGCUUAAUUUUACAUUUUAUUUUCAUUUUUUGUGUGGUUUACUCUAUUGGUCUCGGUUAACUGACCUAGCCGUCGCGGCUUGUCCAAUAUUACAACUAUUUUUACUUCUGUACUGUAUUUACCAAUGUCACCGAAACCUCGUAAACGGUGUAUAAUUUCUGAUAAUAGUUUCCCGCACUUGCUCAGAUUGUUCGGCUAUUCAUUGGUAACAGGUAUCUCGGAUCAUUGCUCCUGAUACAGAAAUCCUGAUCUAUAUUAUUUUCCAAAAUUCUCGGGAAUGUUUUGUCGUUGAUUUCACCAAGGCUGAAACUGUACAAGAAGUGUAUCGCCUGCCUAAGCUAGUGUGUUUUCCCCGGUUUCAUGCCACUGCUAAAUAAUUGCCAUACCAUGUUGUUCUCGAAUUGACCUAGUUUAUGUUAAAUACCAUGUUGGUCUCGAAUUGACCUAGUUUAUGUUAAACAUAAAUAAGGUGAGAGCUAAAUCUGCCUAUUGCAGGUCUUUAGGUCUGAAAUAUUGACUAAAUUAUUAAUAAGACAUUAAUUAAGUUAUCUUUAGUGGAUUUUAAUAAAUUUUGUGAUGGAUAAUUUAACAUAAUAAAUGGACAAUCGAGACUUUGCUAAUUAUAGAAACAACAUCAGUAAUGAUGAUCGAGGCUAUCCGAAAAUUGAAUCGCUAAUUUCUUGGUUCAGAGUGAAGCUAUUUGGCUGAAAUUUUCAGCAUUUUCUGUUUUCAUUAUCUAUUUUUUAACUAUUAAAGCAAGAAAUAUCAGGUCUUUAUCUAAUCUUACCGAAUGCCCCUUUAAGUGGACGUUAAACCCCAUCUCUUUGUAUUUGUUUCAAAACCCCAUGUGGGUGAGAUUGUUUAUCUGUUAAAUAUUGUUAUACUGUACGUUUUACGUUAAGUUUGUUUACUGUUUAGAAAUGUUUUAUACUCUUACAAGUUUGCCUAUUGUUUUAUUUUAGGUCAAGGUUGCUCUGAUGUGACCUUUAAAUUAGCGCUUGGACAAGAUCCCGCUUUUUUUUUUUAUUGAUUUUGGUUUAAUUUGUAGACAGUGGAACACAAGGUCGUUAUAUCGAUAUCUUAACACUGACGUAUGUUUGGUAUUUUUGAAGCGAGAUAUUGUGAUAUGUCGGUCGGUUAAUGUAGUUAAUGUUUAUUGACUAAUUUGUUUGCAUUGGAUCGACAGUCUACAGGUUAAAUCUAUUUGAUGAGGCACAAUACAUAAUUAGGAGACAGGGCUAGCACUAACCCUAUCCCAAGACGUAGCCCUACGUCUUACCCUAACCCUAACCCUCGGCAACCCUAACCUUGUUUAGAUCUCGGGACCUUGAGGAAAUAUGAAUUUGACCUUGUCAAAUAGAUAUGAUCAUAGUAACAAUCACAAUGCCUCGUUUUCAAAAAAAGCAAUAUCCGGUGUCAAUGGUGAAGGCAGUGUUUAUUUUUAAACGUAAAUUUUCAUCACACAAAUCAAAUAAACGAUUUUAUGUUUUACCCGGAUCAACUCAUUUUAAGCUUGUUUACCUGUUAUAAUUUUAUUAUUCUAUUUUAAGCAUUUAUUUUUUCUUUAUAAUAUUUGUAAUAAUUAUAUAGCUAUGUGCAACUAUUUGUAAUAAACUUGUAAGGCCGUGUGCAACAUUUUGUAAUAAUAAUAAACAUGUAAGGCCGUGUGCAACUUUUUGUAAUAAACUUGUAAAGCCAUG